ACUGAGAAGUUGCAACCAUUAGUCAAUAAGUCUUUUUGGCCAAUCUCUAAAACUCACAGUUUGCCUUGUUUCUAUUGACAUUGUUGUGAGUAAUGACGCUUUCACUCUUUUCUUGGCUUUUCAUGUUACUUACAACAAUUUUCUACGAGAUCAAUGUGGUUUUGGUUUCUGGUCACUGUCAAAGCUACCAACAGGAAUUGCUGCUUCAAUUCAAGAACGAGCUCGACUUCGAUGAGUCCUUAUCUCUGAAACUGGUGGGGUGGAAUCAAAGCCUAGAUUGCUGCAUGUGGGAAGGUGUAACGUGUGAUGUGAGAGGUCGUGUUAUCGGUCUUGAUUUGAGCGACGAAUGGAUUUUUGGUGGACUUAAAAAUUCAGGCAAUCUCUUCGAUCUCCAACAUCUACAGAGUCUAAAUUUGGCAAACAACGACUUCGGCUCCAACUUUCCUUCCAGGUUUGAUAAACUUUCAAACUUGACGCAUCUUAUUCUCUCACAUGCUGGCCUCAUAGGGAAAACUCCGAUUGACAUUUCAAGGAUGACAAGCUUGGUUACUCUUGAUUUAUCUGUAUAUGCUGAUUUCUAUUUUGGAUUGAAACUUGAGAACCCAAUUCUAGUUAUGCUUGUUCAGGAUCUCGAGGAGCUAAAGCAUCUCUAUCUUGAUGGGGUAAAUAUAUUAGCACAGGGAAAUGAGUGGUGCCAAACGUUAUCCUCUUUGGCUAACUUGCAAGUAUUGAGCAUGUCAAACUGUAAUCUUUCAAGCCCCAUAGAUUCUUCCCUUUCCAAGCUUCAGUCUCUUUCAGCAAUUCGUUUGGAUGGAAACAAUCUAUCUGGUCAAUUUCCAGAGAAAAUCUUCCAGAACAAGUUUUGGGGAGACUUUACCCGAAUCUAUUGGAAACCUGGGGAGGCUGUCAUGGAUAGAGCUUGCAAGUUGCCAUUUUAUUGGAUCAAUUCCAGAAGCGAUGGCAAAUCUCCCACGACUUGCCUUUCCAAGCUUGUGAGUAUUAAUUUGAGGGACAAUGCACUAAGUGGAGCUCUCCCUCCAGCUUUGUUUGGCAUUCCAUCUUUGCGGAGUCUAGUACUCUCACAAAAUCAAUUCACUGGUGGAUUGCAUGAACCCCCAGAACUAGCUUCCUCUUCAUUGCUCUCCCUUGAGUUGGAUAGCAACAUGUUGGAUGGACCUUUCCCAAUGUUCGUUUUUAAACUGCAAAGCCUCCAAGUCCUCAUCCUUGCUUUCAAUAACUUCAACCUUUGUGGCAACAAUUUGCAAGGUCCACUACCACAGCUCUCACCAUUUUUGGCAUAUGUAGAUUACUCGAACAACAAGUUCAGCUCUAUUAUACAAUUCGAUGAUGGUAAUUCAAUCCUCAAAUCUAUUCCCUACUCCAUUAGCUUCUCUUCCUUCAUGUCUCUUUCCAACAACAGCCUGCAGGGAAGUAUUCCUGAAUCAAUUUGCAAUGUUACAAAUCUUAUAGUCCUUGAUCUGUCAAAUAAUAAUCUGAGUGGCACUAUUCCUCAAUGCUUAACUAGGAUGGAGUCUCUUAAGGUGUUGGACCUGAGUAGAAAUAGCCUCAGUGGCAACAUCACUGGUAAAUUUUCUAGUAACUGUUUGUUACAAACACUAGACCUCAAUGGAAACCACUUAGAAGAGAAGGUUCCUAGAUCCUUGGCCAACUGUGCAAUCUUGGAGGUUUUAAACCUUGGAAACAACCAGAUCAACGAUACUUUUCCUUGCCAUUUGAAAAACAUAUCUAAUUUGCAAAUCUUGGGUAGAACUCCUUGUCAUUGGUUACAAACCUCGACGGCAAUGAUGGUUGCCUCAAAUGAGUUCAAAAUCCUUGUUCUUAAGGAUCAUCUUGAAACUAAUUUCGAAUUUAAUAUCAAUGGAAUCUAUGAUACAUUGAAAUGUACUGCAAGCAAUACUCUCCACAGAAAAAAUAGUGAGGGCAUCCAUUGCUGUCAAGGAUUCUAUUAUCAAGGUGCAAAUAUCUCUCAAGGACAAGAUGCAAAUAUCUCUCAAGGAUUCUAUUAUCAAGAUGCAGUAACUAUUACCAUUAAAGGUUCUGAAAGACAAUUGGUGAAAAUCCCAAAUCAUUUUACCUCCAUCGACUUUUCAUGUAACAAGUUUGUAGGGCAAAUACUAGAGGUUUUGGGGGAGUUCAAGGCACUCUAUGCACUCAACUUGUCACAUAAUGGUUUCACAAGUCUAAUCCCUUCAUCUCUAGGAAAUUUGCACGGUCUUGAGUCUUUAGACCUUUCCAGUAACAACUUGAGUGGUCAAAUUCCUCAGUAUUUAGGAGAUCUUAAUUUCCUUGCAGUUCUUGACUUCUCACACAAUCAACUCGAAGGAAGAAUACCAAGUGGAAGUCAAUUUCAAACAUUUUCAGAAGAUUCCUUUAAAGAUAACAAGGAAUUAUGUGGAAUUCCUCUGAAGGAGAAUUGCAGUGUUAAUGUAUUGCCACCAUCCAAAGAUAAUCAUUCAGAUGAUGGAACCCAUAUUGAUUGGAAUAUCCUAAGCAUUGAAUUGGGAUUUAUUUUUGGCUUAGGAAUUGUCAUUCUACCACUCAUGUUAUGCAAGAGAUGGAGGGUGUGGUAUUGCAAACAUACCGAUGGCCUUCUUUCCAGGUUCAUCCCUAUAUUGAAUCAAAGAAGUAGAAGUCGUGGCACCAAACCAAUUGAGGAACAAGCAGCGCAAAGCCGCGAUUUCAAUGCUGCUCUUUUCACUGAAACCGACUGCGAAUUGCUGUUAUUUGGCCGGCGUAACCUGCGGCAGCCGGGGCCAAAUGAUUGGAAAUUGAAGAUAAAACCAGCAGGGCGUGCUGCUCAAUUGAAGAACAGGCUCAAGUUCAAUUCCUCUUCAUCUGUUAAACUGGUGAGGUAGAAUCAAAGCACAGAUUGCUGCACGUGGGACAGUGUAAAAUGCGAUGCCAGAGGUUGUAUUACCAAUCUUGAUUUGAGCAAGGAAUGGAUUAUUGAUGGAGUUGAUAAUUCAAGCAGUAUCUUCAAUCUCCAGCAUCUCCUGAGUUAAAUUUGGCAUAUAACAGCUUCGGCUCCAUGUUUCCUUCCAAGUUGAUAACACUUGCAAAUUUGAGGCAUCCUAAUCUCUCAAAUUGGAGAUUUCAAGAAUGGCAAGCUUGGUAACUCUUGAUUUAUCUUUCGAAUUCCUAAUGGUUGGAGGUUCAUUGAAACUUGAGAACCCAAAUCUAGUUAUGCUUGUUUGGAAUCUAAAGGAGCUAAUUCAUCUCUAUCUUGAUGGAAUAAAUAUAUCAGCACAGGGGAAAGAGUGGUGCCAAGCUAAUUUGUCUUCUUCUCUGCUGAACUUGCAGGUAUUGAGCGUGUCAAACUGUUUUCUUUAAGGCCCCAUAUAUUCUUCCCUUUCCAAGCUUCAAUCUAUUUCAGUGAUUUGUUUGGAUGGAAACAAUCUGUUUGCUCCAUUUCCAGAAUUCUUCGUAGAACUAAGGAACUUGACUUCUCUACAGCUUGCUGCCACUAAUUUGCAAGAAGUUCCAGAGAAGAUCUUCCAGGUACUUACACUAAAGACUCAACUUAUUGAUCAACUCAUUUCUUGAAGAAUCAACAACUUUCAUGGGCUAAUUAGUUGCCUAGAUGACAAUUCAUCCCGGCAACUGCUUCAAGUUAUCGAUCUUGCUUCUAAUCAGUUUAAGAGAGGACUGCCUUAUCAUUGGUUAAGAACCUGGAAGGCAAUGGUGGUUGCUCCAGAUGGGCUCAAAGUCCUUGUUUUGGAGGAAAAUGUUUAAUUUGAACUUGAUCAUAACAAUAUGUUAUACCCUAAAAGCAAGUCCUAUAAUAAUUAGGACACGUGUAGACAAUCUAGAAAUAAUCCUAUUAAGGAUAGAAUAAAUCCUGAUAGGAUAA